UUAGUGUCAGUCUGGCCGAUAAGGGCAGGCCCUGCCGGCCGACGUACUGCAGUUGGUCCAAUGCCUUUCUCCUCCUGCUUCUAGCGCUGUCGCCUUUCUAUCUUCCAUAUCCAUCUCCCCUCCCUCCUCUCCUAGACGCGCCGUUCCCCUUCCAUUGCCCCUCACCGUUCCAGCCCCAGCUUCACAAUGGGUGUCCCAGACAAGCACGAGUCCGAUCAAUAUGUCAAAGACAUCUCCGACAUCCGGCGCGGCGACGACAGCCCCAUCCAGCUGCAGCAGGAAAUCGACGCGGAUGCCUUUGACGACCAAUGGGGCGACUCGUCGCACGACCGCCGCGACAUGCAGCGCCUGGGCAAGGCGCAGGAGUUCAAGCGCAACUUCCACCUCAUCUCCGCCCUCGGCUUCGUCUCGCUGUACAUGGCCACGUGGGAGUAUGUGCUUGUCUCGCUGUCCAUUGGCUUCUCUAACGGUGGGUAUGCUGGGCUGUUCUGGUGCUUUAUUGUGACGGUUAUCUGCUAUGGGACUAUUGUGGCCAGUCUGGCGGAGAUGGAGUCAAUGGCGCCAACCAGUGGCGGUCAAUACCAUUGGGUGAGCGAGUUCGCCCCGCCCAAGUACCAGCGAAUCCUCAGCUACGCCUCCGGCUGGAUGUCGACCCUCGGCUGGCUAGCAAGCGUAGCCAGCAGCGUCUACGUCGUCGGCACGCAAGUCGAGGCCACGAUCAACGUGUACAUGCCGGGCUUCGCCUUCACCCGGUGGCAGUUGACGCUCAUCAUGCUGGCCUUCAACGUCAUCACCAUCCUCUUCAACACUUGGGGCGCCCACGUCCUCCCGCAGAUUGAGACGGUCAGCCUCGUCAUGCACGUCGCUGUGUUCUUCGUCGUCAUCAUCCCGCUUUGGAUCUUGUGUCCGAAGAACUCGGCGCACGAGGUGUUCUUGACCUUUACUGAUAACAGCGGGUAUAACAAUAUGGGGGUGGCGUUUCUGACUUGCCAGGUGUUUGUCAUCUACUGUAAUCUCGGCUCGGAUUCUGUGGUGCACAUCUCAGAGGAGGUCGGCAAUGCCGGGCUAAUCGUCCCUAGGACCAUGUGGUGGAGCUACGUGGGUAACGUCUUCCUCGGCAUCAUCAUGCUCAUCACGAUGUUGUUCUGCAUCGGUCCCUUGGAUCCAGUCAUCAAAUCUGGCGUUCCGUAUCUCAUCCUCUUUGACAACUCCGGCUCCAAGCCCCUAUCUCUCGUCCUGAACAUCCUGCUCAUGCUCCUGAUCUUCAUUGGCAACGUCACAGCCCUCGCAACUUGUGCACGAGAGGCUUGGGCGUUUGCUCGAGACAAGGGGCUUCCCUUUUCCGGGACGAUCGGCAAGAUGAACCGCAAGUGGAACAUCCCCUUCAACUCCGUCUACGCCGUAACGCUCUUCGUCGGCAUUUUGUGCCUCGUCCAGCUCGGCUCCACCCUCGCAUUCAACAUCAUCGUCUCCCUAUCAUUACUCGGUCUCCUCAGCACCUACAUGCUCUCCAUCGGCUGCGUCUUCCUCAAACGCUUCAACGGCGAGCCCCUCCCGCCCGCGCGCUGGAGCCUCGGGCGCGCCGGCAUCUGGAUCAACGGCUUCGCCUUCCUCUACUCCGGCUUCCUCAUCGUCUUCUGCUGCUUCCCCUCCUACCUGCCCGUCAACCUCGGCUCGGCGAACUGGGCGCCGCUGGUGUGGGUGCUCGUCAUGAUCCUCUCAGUCGUCUACUACUGGGUGUACGGGCGCAAACGCUACACAGCGCCAGUUGAGUUUGUGGAGGGGAGGAAGGCGGAGGGGGUGGGGUUGCAGGAGUCUACUUAGACUUCUGUCUUUUGUGACUGAACGUAUGUGACGAUAUGAGUGUGAUGAACUUGAUAUCUUUGAACGAGCAAGGAAGGAAAACCCUCCCGAAUGAACAUUACA